AUGUCACAAGUUUCAUGUUUUAUCCUUAUUUUCUUCUGUCUUUUUAGCUUUAUAAUUUAUUCUCAUGCUAUAAACAAUGGUUUUAGUAUUGAACUCAUUCAUCGUGAUUCUUAUAAAUCACCACUCUACAAUCCUACACAAAGUAAAUUCCAACGAAUUAUCAAUGAUGCACGCCGUUCUAUCAAUCGUUCAAACUAUAUCCACCGUGAAUUUUUUAUUAGUAAAAACAAACUUGGGUCAUCUUUGAUCUAUGAAGGUGGUGGAUAUCUCAUGAGUUAUUACAUUGGUACCCCACCAUUUAAGGUUUAUGGUUUUUUGGAUUCAGGUAGUAACCUUAUAUGGCUUCAAUGUAAGCCUUGUAAUGUAUGUUUCAAUCAAACAUCUCCUAUUUUUAACCCUUCAAAAUCUUCGAGUUACCAAAAUAUUCCAUGUUCUUCUAGUAGAUGUAAAUCUACAGAAGCAGAAACUUCUUGUUCUAAUGAUAGAGAUGCUUGUGAAUAUACAUUAGGUUAUGGUCUUACUCAAAAGACACAAGGAGAUCUUAUAUUGGAGACAAUUGCAUUUGAGUCAACUUCCGGAUCUAUGGUCUCAUUUCCUAAAAUUGUGAUAGGAUGUGGACACAAUAAUACUUUUUAUAGCGGAAAAAGUUCAGGUGUAAUUGGUUUUGGAACUGGACCUUUGUCACUUAUAAAACAAUUAGGAUCUUUCACCGAUGAAAGAUUCUCAUAUUGUUUAGUUGAUGAUAGAAAUAUUAAUUUACCUAGCAAAAUCAAUUUUGGAGAUGCUGCUAAAGUCUCUGGUAAUAAUGUUGUUUCAACUCCUAUGGUCAAACUGGUAGGAAACCACCAAGAAGAGUAUUACUAUUUAAAUUUGAAAGCAGUAAGCGUGGGAAGUAAAAGAAUAAAGUAUAGUGGGUUUAAGAAUAAAGGAGUAAAUGCUUCUACACAUAACAUCUUAAUUGACUCGGGUUCAACGCUAACUUUUGUUCCACGUCGUUUUUACCAUAAGUUUGAAUCUGCAGUUAAAAAAGUGGUUAAACUAGAACGAUUUCAUGAUGAUAGUGGUGAAUUUAACCUUUGUUAUAAUACCACAUUCAAAAAUACCACAUCCAAACAACCGAAUUUUCCUGUCAUUACUGCUCAUUUUAGUGGCGCAGAUGUUAAAUUAGAUUCUAUGGGCUCCUUUAUAUCUUUAUCCAAAGGGAUUGAAUGUCUUGCUAUUUUUCCACAUAGAAAACAUAAUUUUGGAAUCUUUGGAAACAAAUUACAAGUGAACUAUUUAGUUGGUUAUGACCUAAAAAAGAAUAUUGUUUCAUUCAAACCUACUGAUUGUUCUAAGUAUUGA